AUGACAAACAUCUCGUUAACGAUUAAAGCUGCGAAUGAUCAAAAGUACACUGUUACUGUUGACAGUGAAUCUAGCGUUACAAAUUUGAAGCAGGCUAUAGCACCUGUAGCUAAUGUUGAGGUUGAACGCCAAAGACUAAUUUACGCUGGACGUGUUUUGAAAGAUGAAGAAUCUUUAAAAACUUAUAAAGUUCAAGAUGGCCAAAGUGUCCACUUGGUUCGUUCUUUAGGGCAGAAUCCUACAGCAGCUGCCAGUAAUGUUCAGGAUCGCACACAACAAGUACCAACAAAUAUUCAGGCAGGACAAGGCGCAAACGACCCAUUAGCCAAUCUCACAAGUGCUCGUUAUGCUGGAUACAAUAUACCCCUCCCUUCUGCUUCCAUGUUUGGUCCUAAUCCUGAAAACCCUGUACCUCCAUCCACCGAUGACCUUGCCAACAUGCUGUCAAAUCCAAUGGUUCAGUCAUCCAUUAACGAAAUGUUCUCCAAUCCUCAGAUGCUGGACAUGAUCAUCAACAGUAGUCCUCAUCUCCGCAAUGCUCCUCCUUAUGUACGUCAAAUGAUGCAGUCUCCAGAGUUCCGACGUGCCAUGACAGAUCCAGAUACUAUGCGCCAAAUGGCUCAAAUGCAACAACAACUGGGUGCUGCUGGUAUAGACCCAUCGAGUUUGAUGGGUGGUUCUGGUCCUGGUAGCUUAGGCAGCUUAGGCGGUUUAGGUGGUAUGGGUGGUUUAGGUAAUCUAAAUCCCGCCGGCGGUCCUGGAGCCACUGAUGAAUCUGUUGAUCCAAACUCGGCUGCGAGCACAAUUCAAGGCUUGCUAAACAACCUUUCUGGUGGCGGUAUGGGAGGUGGAGCCAGUCCUGCUGCCACGGCUGCUCCAACUCAGAGCACUCAACCUCCUGAAGAGCUUUACGCUCAGCAAUUAAGUCAACUUAACGAAAUGGGAUUUGUUGACUUUGAGCGUAAUGUUCGUGCCCUUCGUCGAAGCGGUGGUAAUGUUCAAGGUGCAAUUGAAUCUUUAUUAAGUGAAUUCUAA